CUGGCAAAUACUGUAUAACGUAAAAUUAAAAUUAAAAUAAAAACAUUAAAUCUUUCCACAGCGUCUAAAAUGAUAGUUUUUAUUUAGCUUUUGUCAAAAUAUUGCUGUUGUUAUUAUUAGUAUUUUAUUAAUAUCCUAAUAUUAGGCACAAUGCGUCGUAAUUACGUUACAGCGUCCCCCUCGUAGCCGUCCCGAGCCGCCAUGGCCACUACGCACGCUUUCUGCGCACACGCCACCGUGCUGCCCUUUGUUCCUCAUUCAUAAAGCGGCUUCACGAGCACGGGGAUGUGUCACCGUGAACCCCUCGCACGGAAAGGACCGCUGGCCCUUUAAGGGUUAUGUAGCAGGGCUAGCUGAUGUAGGACGAGCCGACCGUGCGUUUCUCUGCUCGAGCUCCCGCUGCCAUCCUCGUCAUGGCCUCCGUACACCCGCCACCGACACCACCACCGAGGAUGAACCGACCAGCCAUCGACCCUUCCCUUCCCGGAGCGGAGACGGACGUCAAGCCGAAGCAGAGGCACCGGUAGAGGCGAGCCGCGCCGGGGAGAGCCGCCUCACAUCCAAAUGCCACCCCGGUUUCCUCAUCCAUGCCUUCGUUUAAAGCCAAGUACAGCUAUACGAUAAAGAGGGGUGCGAACCCGGGCGGCGGCGGCGGAAACAUGACAACGGACAAGGAUUAUUCUCUUAAUCUGUCGGUGCAGCAAGUGCUGAGCCUUUGGGUGCAAGGCUCGGCGCUGCACCACUUCACAGAGAUGUGGUACUGGGUCUUCCUGUGGUGUCUCUUCUCCUCGCUCUUCGUCCACGGGGCGGUGGGGCUGCUCAUGUUAGUCAUGCUGCAGCGCCACAAGCGGGGACGCCUCAUCACCCUGGUGCUGGUCAGCGUGGGUUUCCUGGCCUCGCUCUCCGGAGGCGUCAUCACUAGUAAGCCCAUUUACUUCCCCUUUUGUUUUCUUGCUGACGGGUUAUUUUUAGAGCAACCUCAGAGUGCGGCGUUCAGCACCCAGAAGAAGACGAGAGGUGACAGGAAGGCAGAGCGAGCGCUGGGUGAGGUGACCGUGUGUUAACUCGUGUCAACUAGAAGAAAACAGAAGCUGACAGAGAGACAUGGAGGAGAAAGAUUUUUGGACUAAUCUGCUUCUGUGUUUACCUGCCUGUUUGUUUAUGUGGCCCAGGAAACUUCAACGUGUCGGCACGAUAAGGGUUCAUUUAAUUUAACAACAUUUUUGUGAUUGGCUGGACUGUUGUCGCUGGUAGGAAGAGUUUGCACCCAAAAAAUACCAACCACACACACACACACAAAUGACCUAAACACUAACUUUGAAGAUAUUCCAAACAACAACAACAACAAGAACAUUUAAAGGUACAUUUUGUAAAAUCCCUAUUCAGAUUUUUUUUUAAAUUCACACCACUGAGUGUUAGAUUCGUCUAUGCACUGUAACAAAGACCUCUAACUAAUCCUCACCUGACUAUUACAACGUUUUAUGUUAAGAAAUCAAGGAUAUACUGUCCACUUUCACUCUGUCUCUUAAGCAGUCAGUGGUCCAACCAACCAUCCCAGUGAUGUAAUGUUCUGUACGGGCACAAGUUCAGUAUCUUUCCCAUCUUUGCUUCCUCCUGGGCUACAGUUACUGCCCCCCCAGCUAGGCAGCCUCCCAUCCAAGUACUAACCAGGCCCACCCUGGCCAAGAUCAGCAGAGAUUGGGCGUGUUUAGGGUGGUAUGGGGAUGAGCUGUGACAUGCUAGUAUAAAGUUAACAAAUUACACUCCUACCUGGUCUUUGAGCUGCUUGGAGAAGUCCGGCGUGUUUCCUUUUUUUGUUCCAAAUGCUCAAACGAUUUAAAUGUGGGUGUUUAGUCUUUUGCUUGAAGCAGACUUUUAGCUGCAUCUACAGAUUUUCUACAUGUUGCUGUUCAUCAGAUAUCUGCAGUAACCUCAGAACAAAUGGGGAAAAACAAAAAACAAAAUACAGUCUUAUUUCUUGACACCACCCCACUUUAAGUUAACAGUCAGUUCCUUUAGUCAAGUCUAAGAGCUACAUCAUUACAUCCAAGUGAAUGUGUUAAGGUUUGGGCGGCUUUGAGACAAAUUCUCAAGUAGCGACAGGCUGUUACAGUCACAGUAGGGAAAACAAUGGUUGGAGAAUGGAACACAACCAAAAUGAACGCAGCUGACAAUUUGAUGUGUCAAGACAGCGAUAAAACAGCAAUAAGAUGAAGUCUGUCUGUGAUUAGAUGGGGUGCAGUCAGUCGAUUGAAAGUGGUGGAAAGUAAGCAUGCAUCCUCAGGCCAGGAGCUGUUGGUCGCUGCAACUACUCACUCAGAGCAAAACAUUUUUCUUUUCCUUUUUCUAGUCGCAAAAAAGGUGCUGUCCUAUUUUUACUCUAGUGUGACUGAUCCAUUAGGGUAAGAAGGUAAGAAGUCCCAGUGCACCUCAGGUCACGUUCCCUGCAGAGUCCAUGGGUAUCACAUUUCAGCACUAAUGAUGAUACCUGCAAGUCUGCAUUAGAAAUGAGGGGCAGCGGAUCCUUGAAGACCAGGGGUAAUUAGUCUGAGGCCAUCUAAUUCAUCUCUCUUUGUUAACACUUAAUAUAACACAGUAGAGUGGUGCAGAUAGUUAUCUAUAAUACAUGAUGACAUCUGUGGUGACUGUGAAGUAAAAAUACCCUAAAAUACUCUAAAAAGGCAGAAAUCAGGAAUCGUUAAUCAUUUAUUUUCUACUGUGAAUCAAAACGGUGAGGAAAUCUGUUCGCUGUCUGCACGUUUUAGUAACUGGCACUUGUUUUCAUUGUUAUACCAGGUGUGAUAUGUUAUCUUGAGCUAGGACAAAUAUCAGUAUUUUGUAUCCAAUAUUUUGGGCUACCUUAAAUGGGGAUCUGUAGGAUAAAGAAUUUAUGGGCGAAAGCUUGUUUCAACAUUCUGACUUUAAUCUCCUGAAUGCAGAUUCUGCAUCAGGACCCAAUUUUUAUGUCCCUGCAUUGCCUGAAAUGAAAGUUAAGCUAAUGAACUAUUUACCUUAACAAAAUUGUAGAACUGGUCUUAUCUGAUCAUAUUAAACAGGAGUAAUCAGAUAGUUUAUAGUUUAAAAAUUUGAUAUAUCUGCCAGUUAAUCAUAUUUUUUAAACACAAAAAUAUUCACUUUAUUAUUUUUUUUAAACACUGCAGGUGAAGCUGAUAUCCAGGCUUUGUUUAUUUGCCUUUACCUUCCCCUCACUGUAUCAGAGUGUGAGCACAGGGUGUGUAAAUAGACCUGCGUCUAUCGUAGCGUAGGGCUCUGUGGAUGACUCACUCACCGUCACAGAUGUGAGCUGGUGCCCCAAAAAUAGAAAAGCCGCUUUAUUAUUAAUGUGUAGCAAUCAGAGUGAGCUAGACUAUUGACAGCGUCACCAGCCAUGUGUACGCGAGCCCGGCACAAAAUCACAGUGUGUGUUUGUGUGUGUGUGUGUGGAGACUGCAAAGGCAGCAGUCGCAGCUGAGUAGAAGUAAAAGAAAGGUCAUGCAGCACAGAGGAAAUGUCAGCCUUUAAUAGUUGUUUAAAGUCCUUUUCUAUAACAUUAAAUGUCCAGGACUCUGAUUUGAGCUACAGUUUAGAGUCUACAGGCCUCAGUUGACAUGUUACAUGUUUAAGUUUAUGUUGUGUUUGGAAGGUUUGCAUGAUGGCACAGCUUCAUGUGUUUCAACUAAGCAAACCACAAGACUUCUGGCACAUUGUCCUUUAGACAAAUGAGUCCAAAUCAGAGAUGUUUGGUAAUAAUGCAAAGUGCAUAAUAUCAGCAGCACAAAUAAAUGUUAUUGUCAUGCACAAUGGAGGAGGCGUGAUCCUUUGGGCUUGGUUUGCAGCCAAUGGGUCCGGGCACCUUCCAGUGCCAGACUGAUGUUUAAGACCUGAACACUAAACCCCUGUUGAUACUAAAAGCAGAAGAUUUAGACACAGAAACCAACCUCUUUCUCUUUUCAAUCAGGACACACGUGCAAUUUUUCUUUUCGUUUUUAAUACAAACACAAAGCAAAGAUGAGAAACACUCCGACUUUAAAGCCAGUGUGAUGCUACUUUAGAAAUACUGGUUUUCCUUCUCCACACAUUAUUUUUUCUUUCUAUCCGCCUGACGUGCAGAUUACUGAAGAGCCUUUUGUAACGCAUGUAACAACAUGAUAUAACUCUAAUCUAAUUGCUGAGUAUAGCACAGUGACCUGUUACAUUACUGUUACUGAAAAAUGUAACGUGAUCACUUUGUUUUCUGUAAAAGCAGCAGAGAUUGCAUCCUCUACACGGUAAAUAUGAUAACCUUGAUGAAGGGAGGAUUCGCUGGAGCGCUGCUGGUAGCUUUAACUGGUAAACUUUGUUUAGAUUUUCUCGGCCUUCGAAUCCAGCAGUUUAAAAAUAGCUCACUCGGCUUUGGUGCCUGGAUUAGAGAAACGUCCUCUCCUGCUGUUUGUCUCAUUCACGACUAGACGGACAGCGUGCAGUGAGAACUGCUGCAGGAAGAGCAGCGAGUCCGCUCAGAGUGUGGCCGCGAGGAGGCAUGCACGAACGCUCCUCCAUCACUGACAGAAGGGCGAGACCAGGAGGGACAUGUUUGUCCGCUGAUCCCCUGACUGUGGAUGUUCAGUUGGGUUUAAUGGUGACAGGCAGCUGUGUGUGUGUCUUUGUCUUUGCCAGAUCUUGUAUUAACAUUGACUUUUAAAUUUUUUUUUAUCU